UUCCACACGGAUACCAAUAAUUGCAGACAACAUUACUAGAGACAGAUUUUUCCAACUUCGAAGCAAUUUAAAAAUUUUAAAUGACAAUGUUGUACCGAAUGAAGUAAGAGAAGCAGAUAAAUUUUGGAAAGUCAGACCAAUGUUGAAUAAAGUACGUCAACGUUGUUUAAAACAGAAAAGACCGCAAAUUGUGUCAAUUGACGAGCAGAUAAUCCCUUUUCAUGGGCAGGUUUCCAUGCGGCAAUAUGUAAGAGGUAAACCAAACCCAGUAGGGAUAAAAGUUUUUGUUAUGUGCACAUCAUAUGGCUUACCUUUAGAUUUCAUCUUUUAUGAAGGUAAAGGAACUGAUGUAUCAUCGCCUGAGGAUACAAGUUUUAUGGACUUGGGAGGAAAAAUUGUGCUGAAGCUUUCAGAUUCCUUAUUUCCAGGCUCGUCAAUAUAUUUUGAUCGGUAUUUUACUUCAGAAUUGCUGCUUGACCUUUUACUUAACAGAGAGUUGUACGCGACUGGAACUUUGAUGAAAAACAAAGUUCCAAAAUUGAUACAGCUAAAAACCGAUGCGGAAAUGAGACGAGAGGGCCGAGGAUCUAUUAACCAAAUUGUGAGAGGAGACAAGCAUAUUUCCCUUGUGAAAUGGUUUGACAACAAAAGUGUGUUGUUACUGUCAACUCAACACGGGAAAGGUUCAGUCACAAAGUGCUCAAGGUGGAGUAAAAAGGACAAACAGUACUUAGAAGUUGACUGCCCAGCAAUCGUCAAAAAUUAUAAUGAUUACAUGGGUGGCGUCGAUCACCUCGAUCGCGCCAUUAGUUACUACAGAAUGAAAAAUCGUACCAACAAAUGGACAGUUCGAGUUAUUCUCCAUAUGGUCGAUUUUGUAAUGUCAAGUGCGUGGCUCGCGUACAGAAAUAAAAUGAGAGAAAGAAAGAAGGACAUUUUAGAUUAUUUUGCAUUCAGGCUAGAUAUUGCAACUACUCUCAUUCACGGAUUGUUAAAAAAGCCUGUUAGAAUUUCCUCCCCUACCGAUGAUGAAGAUGAUAAUGAUGAGCCCCCUUCAAGGCGUAGAGUGAGAGCCAGCAUUCCGCACGAAGCAGCCCGCAGCCAAGAGGCUAGACACAUGCCAGAAAUGAUUGGGGAUAGGGCUCAUCGAAGCAGGUGCAGAAAUAGUAAGUGCUCGGCCUUAACAACUGUACACUGCACAGACUGCAAGGUUUUUUUAUGCUUCACAGCAUCGAGAAAUUGCUUCAAAGCAUUUCACGAAAAUAAAAAAUGUAUUUAA